AUGGCUCCCAAUGACAACAAAACCCCUGGUAAUAAGCUCGAUGAUGCCAUCGACAGUGCCAAGACACAAUUGGACAAUGUUCAUGAGAAGGUCAAUGAAACCACUAAGGAACAGAAGGAAGCAGCCAAAAGCAAUGCGGAAAAGGCUGGCGAUGCACUACCUAAUUCGGCCGAGGAAGCUGGAUCAAAACUUGGUGGUAUGGUCGAUUCGGGUGUGCAAAAAGCAAAGAAUGCCCUCAGCGGCAACAAUGAAAAGAAGUAA